AUGCCGGCUAGUUUGAUGGGCUUUGGUUUAUUUCGGUCAUUUGCGCGCCACCUAAGUUUCCCAUUCAGUCCGGUCGAGAAUGUUCUCGUUCAAACAGUAGCUGGCAGUAUGGCUAUCAUGCCACUGGGCUGCGGUUUCGUAGGAGUGCUGCCGGCGAUGAAUUAUCUCCUCACGCCCGAAGAGCAGGGGCCCAUCACACUCGAGGCAUGGAAGCUCAUUGUGUGGUCUCUUGGUCUCUGCUACUUUGGUGUUGUAUUUGCUGUGCCCCUACGACGACAAGUCAUCAUUCGCGAAAGGCUACGUUUUCCAAGUGGCUUCAGCACGGCGGUCCUCAUCGGAGUGCUCCACGGCAAAGACAAGCCGGCGACAUCGUCCGAAGUGGACUCGCCGGCAGCUGGUGGCUUUGCGAGCCUUGUGCCACCUGCUGACGACGAGACUGAUGAUGCUUCAGAGGAUGCUUCAUCCACGACCUGGGUGGAGAACGUGCGCCUGCUCGCGAUAUGCUUCGUCGUAUCAGGGGUCUACACACUCUGUACAUUCUUUUUUCCCUCCAUCCGCAACAUCCCGAUUUUUGGCACCGCUAUAGCUCAGUCGUGGCUAUGGACGCUUAAUCCCAGCCCUGCCUAUAUUGGACAAGGAAUCAUCAUGGGCCCAGAAACAACACUGCAUAUGUUGCUAGGUGCUCUUGUCGGCUGGGGCGUUUUGUCGCCAUUGGCUAAGUCACGGGGCUGGGCCCCGGGCGCGGUCGGCGACUGGGAAACUGGCAGUAAAGGCUGGAUUCUAUGGACUUCUUUGGCCAUUAUGCUCGCAGAUGCUGUGGUCAACCUAGCACACCUGAUCGUUCGGUCGCUGUUCUCCCGCCUUGACACCAAUAAGCCCUCCGUCACGCUACGCAGCAGCUUGCGUAGGGUCUGGUCGUGGGCGAAAGGUAGUCCGCGUCAGUAUUCAAGGAGAUAUUCCGCCCUCCAGUCGGAAGACUACGACGAUAACGAUCCCCUCCCCGGUCAAAACACACCAUCUGAGUCUCCUGGAUCUGGAGACGGUUCCCGGGACCGUCUCAUUCCAGUUGGUGAGGAUGUGGAGGACGCACCGCCAGAUCAACAAGUUGGCGGCAAGACGGUUACAGUCGGUCUUUUCGCGUCAAUUGUACUGUGCGUAGUUGCCGUACGCAUUGUCUUUGGCAAUCUGGUUCCACUCUAUGCCAACGUUGCUGCAGUACUACUAGCACUCGUCCUCAGCAUCAUGGGUGUAAGAGCGCUUGGUGAGACCGAUCUGAAUCCGGUUUCGGGAAUCAGCAAGCUGGCACAGUUGUUCUUCGCCAUAAUCAUCCCACAAUCUCACAAGACCAGUGUUCUGAUCAACCUUGUCGCCGGUGCCGUUUCCGAGGCGGGAGCUUUACAAGCUGGGGAGCUGAUGCAGGACUUGAAGACGGGACACUUGCUAGGUGCGGAACCACAAGCGCAGUUCUACGGUCAGAUCAUUGGGGCCACGGCUGGUGCCGUAGUGAGCGCUUUUGUGUAUCGGCUUUAUACCGCCGUCUACCCAAUUCCCGGUAGCCUGCUGCAGGUGCCGACAGCUUACGUGUGGAUAUUUACAGCAAGAUUGGUGACAGGCGAAGGCCUGCCAAACAUGGCGCGAGAGUGGGCAACUGGCUUCAGUAUUGUCUUUGCAAUUACAACUACAAUCAGGGCUGCUGUUUCGCCUGACAAGGGCUGGAGGCCAUUCAUCCCCGGCGGGAUUGCUGUUGCCGUCGGCAUGUAUAACGUUCCGUCUUUCACGCUCGCGCGAGCUCUGGGUGGUCUACUCAACUGGUACUGGUCCUCUGGUCGGUUCGGCAGUGGACAGGGUCGAUCCAAAACGUCUCUCAUCGUCCUUGCAUCUGGGUUCAUCCUCGGCGAAGGAUUCCUCAGCGUCGUAAAUCUGAUACUGCAAACUCUUAGUACGCCUCCUUCGGGCUGA